CAUGACAUGAAUUCAAUUCAUGGUGGUCAGGUCAGGGAUGCAUUGAUUGUCCAUGGGAGCGUACAAAGUGUGGCAUACGAGUCAAAAAUGCAUGGCCAUGGAUGGGCCACCCGGGCAUGCGAAGUUCACACCGAUGAACGCACUCGCAGCCAGGCAAUCGACAGGUCAUUCGAUACGCAGGCAGGUAAAUCAGUUGCGGUCUGUGCACCGUCUGGCGCUUGCUAUGUUGAAUCCUACAAAGUGUAAUCAUCUCACAGCCACGUACUCAGCUUCUAACCUGCACACUGACUGACCCCAUCGGGCAUGGCAUGCGUGCAGGAUUCCCCUCCCCUCUCUCUCGAUGAAAAUGCACCGACAGUAAGAGAGACAGACGACGUCUGUGGAUAACGUCGUACGAACAUGAUGUGAUGCAUACAUCUUUCUCUCCAUUGAAGGCACAAAUUACAUGGAAGCACCAUACAUGCGAGAGACACCCAAAACACACAUGCGCAGGCGUGUCAUCUGUCCUCUCUCCACAGAUGCCUGCUCAUCUCUCUAUGUCUGCAGCACCGCACCGCCCUUGCUCUUGACCUUGGCCUUAUACACUUGCUUCUUGACGCGACGAGCGUCACUUGCCUCCUCCUCAUGUUCACCAGCAGCAGCAGCAGCUGAAUGGCCAAGACACACACAUAUACAUGGGCAUACGCGUGUGAGCCAAUGCGUGGAUGAAUGUGUGUGUCAGUCUGUAUGCAUCUCUUCUGUCUCACUUGAGCGGCGUCGGCGACAAGGGCAGCUACGUGUACAGCGGCCGCAGGUGCCUCUUCCUCGUCCUCCUCUUGGCCACCACGGCAGCAGCAGCCUCCUCCCCAGCGCCUUCCCCAGCCUCAGCAGCAUGCGAUACAGCGGCGUGAGCGUUUCCUUGCUGUGUCUAUCUGCGGGGGACAUGUCGAUGUCGGGUGGUGUGAAAGGCUGCUGCUCCUGCUGCUGGUGAUGUUCAGAUAGAGCUGGGGGUUGCAGGAGUGGUGCGCGAAUGCCUUGUAUCUCCUCCUCCAU